UCAGCCCAACAUGCCGGGUUACCCGGGUCAGAUCCACGCCAACAUCGGCCCGGUGAAGACCAACGUGACCUUCGACCACCGCGACUGCGGCGUCACGCUGCUGAAGAACGACCACGUGCUCAUCAACCUGCUGGUCGACAUGGUAACGAGGAAGAGGAGGGCGGCCAACAUCAAGCCCAAGAUCCCCUUUACCUUCAGCUACACCAAGGAGAUCCGAGAGCUGGGCAUCAUCACGUUCCUGGGCCCAGACGCAGGGAUCGUGAACUCGGAGGAGCACGGGGAGCUGCCCUUCGACAUCUGGGAGAACUUCAGCGAGGUCAAGUUCAACUCCAGCGACAUCCACAGGGAGGUCCAGUUCACCAUGGCAACGGUGAAAGGCGAGAAGCGUGCGAUCCGCCUGAUGCGGACCAAGAAGGCCGGAGACCCGAUCCUGGAGGAGCAGAAGAAACGGGAGGAGGAGGAGAAGAGGAAGAGGAGGGAGGAGGAAGAGAAGAGGAAGCAAGAGGAGGAGGAGAGGAAGAGGAGGGAGGCCGAGGAGGCUGAGCAACAGAGAAAAGCAGAGAAGAAGAAGAAAGAGGAAGUGGCGGCGGCGCUCGCCGCAGCCAAAUGCAAA